CCACGUUAGAAGUAUAGCUGAUAAUAAUUCAAUGUAAACGUUGACACUUUGGUGAUAAUUUUGAAAGGUGUAGCUAAGUCAUUUUGUACAUUAGCUAAUAAGAUUACAAUUUAAUUAUCAAAUAAUAAUUUAUAGAUUAUUAUUAAUUAUUAAUGUGUUAUUGAUUUAAACUUUAUCUCCACAUUAUGCAACAAUGAAUCUUUCUAAGAGGUUAAUUUUUGUCACUUCAUUUCUAUCAUUUAUUUUAUUUGCGGGCAGUGUAGAAUUAACAUUUGAAUUGCCAGACAAUGCCAAAGAAUGUUUUUAUCAGGAGAUAGAAAAAAACACGUCAGCUACUCUUGAAUUUCAAGUAGUAACUGGUGGUCAAUAUGACAUCGAUGUAACACUAGAAGCACCGAAUAAAGAAAUAAUUUAUCGUCAAGUAAAAACCCAAUUUGACUCUCACACAUUUACUGCUCAAAUGACAGGAGAAUAUAAAACAUGUUUCAGUAAUGAAUUUUCAACAUUUUCUCAUAAGUUAGUCUACAUGGAUUUCCAAGUUGGAGACGAGUUUGCUGUUCCUGGAUUGGAAGAGCACGUUACAGUAAUGACUCAGAUGGAAUCUUCGGCUCAAGAGGUACACAAAAACUUAGUCCGUAUUGUCGACUUCCAAACUUCUCAUAGAUUAAGAGAAGCUCAAGGGCGUAAACGAGCUGAAGAUUUAAACGAAAGAGUUUUGUGGUGGUCCAUUAUGGAAACAAUUGCCAUAUUAGUUACAACUGUUGGACAAGUUUUAGUGCUUAAAAAUUUCUUCACCGAUCGAAAACCUUAUCAACGAUUGUAAAAUUCUGUUCUAACAAAUUCGAGUAAAAGAAAUUAAAUUUCUGAACAUAGGUUUUUAAAUUAUCUUUUUUACAUUAUGUAAUAGAUAAAUCCUUAAUUUUCAUUAAUAUUUACUAAAGUGACUUAUCCAAAUGUAAUUAUGUAAGUUCUUCAAUAAAUUUCUCAUUUAAAUUA